AUGGUCAAUCCUGGACCAUGCCUUCGCCAGUCGGCACCUCUCAUUUUGCUGUUUCUUUUUAGUCAAAUCGUUGGGUUUCCUGCCUCCUGCAUGGAAUUCGAAGCAGCCGCCCGUAUUGGACAAUUCGCUAAGAAUACACAUUCAAUCGAGACUGCCUCUACUUUAAGCCCAACGAUCGAUUUAGCUGCUGACGCCAGCCGCUCACGGCUAAGCUCCAGUGCAAUCGAUGGUAUUACAGAUAGCGAUCAGCCUCUACCGCCAUUAAAUUCACUGGCAUCUGAUGGUGAUAAUCCGGCUCUGACGAAACCGCCUGGCGGGUUUCUGUCGAAGGAUCCAGUGAAACAGCCGGAUCAAUAUUCUCAACUCGCCGCAAAAUUCCAACGUUUGACAAAAAAUGUUCACACGGGUCCUCAUCUCGAUUUUCUCAACAAGUAUUCGGAGUUGACCCAGCCAGAAGAACGACUCUCCCUUGUCCAACACGCGAUUGAAAACUUGUUAAAAUCAGAAACAAUACCGCUUGAUUCGGGAAAAGAAUGGCUCGCAAUAUUUGAUUUCAUUUCUAAAAACGGACAAGACAUGAAGACCCAGUUAAAAAUCAACACUGCCCUAAGCUUUGGCUAUCGCAACUUGAUUUCGAAGCUUUCCUCACCACCAGCUAUCACCUCGGAAUCGGAUUACAAAAGCCUUCUUGACUCGGUGUUAACCCAGGUAGCUGAGCGACGUAGGUUUUAUUACUGGAGUUCCUUCCACUCACUAGUAAAAGAGAGUGAAACAGUCGAUUGGAGUCGGGAGACGCUUCUUCCGUUCCUUGGCCUAGGGAAAUCGGCCAACUUAAAUUCGUUUAAAGAGAUGAUUGAAAACAGUGCAGCCACAGUGGCUUACUUGGAAAAGGCUCGCAGAAGGCCUCCGUCGUUUAUCUUGGCGGGCAAGCUCUUUGGCUCGUGGAGGCGUAAACUUGACCAAAUUAGUGAGGCCAAAUUUCUUCGAAGGUUAGGGAAGGUGGCGCAACAAGGCAACCGCGAAACGGACUCUCAAACAAAAACGGCGUCAAUCAUCCUCCUUUGGCAUCUCAAGAACGAAGGAGGAGAAGCACUCAACAAACUCCAAUUUUUCAAAGAUUUUAGAUUUACUCCUAAGGCUCAGCAGCUAGCUACUAAGCAGAUAGACAAUCUUCUUAAAAGUCAAAAAUCUGCCCGCCCAUGGCCUGAAGAUUAUGAACUUCUACUAACGCUCGAGAACCGGGUAAGUGACGCACAUACGGGACCCUAUUAA